AUGGCUGAGGGUGCGAGCCAGACCCUGGAGGACCGGCCCGAAACAAGGGGGUGCUACAAGAUCCUUGAGGUCCUAGAGGCCGCGAUUGAACAAUUCCAGUUCAACCCCAGACUCACUAUUUCUGAUGAACUAAAGAUUGGCUUUUUCACAUCAGAUCAUGCCACUCAGACUGAUUGCAGUGAAAUUUUGCCACUAAAAGAAUUGAGUUCAUCUACAGGAAAGUUGGUACAGAUGAUUACAUCCUUCAAGGUGGAUUUUGGGUGCAUCAAAGAUUUGCUUCAGUUGAAAUUUGAGGAUCGCCUUAAAGAAGAGUCUUUGCAUAUCAUCACUAACAUGAACGAUAGGAUCAUGGAUGUUGAAAACCAUUAUCGCCAGAAUGAGGACACCAUGAGGAAAUCCUUUCAGCAACAGCUGACGGAUGCCAUAGCGAUGGUCAAAGGGAUGUACCAGCGGUACUUUGAUGUUGAGGAAGAGAAGUCUGCCUUGCAUGAUGCGGCAAAUUUCCAACUGGGUAUUUUAAAAAGAAAGUUGAGGGAGAGAGAUGAUCUUAUCAAGGAAUUAAAAGAGGAGCUCGAGAGAUAUGAAGAACUUGGUUAUCAAAAAUAUGACCCUUUGAAAGAUACCGGCUCCCCCAGACCUGAUGUGGAUUACAAAGCAGAAUGUGAGAGACUGUCUCAAGUCAUUGCAGGACUAGAAGAUGAGAUCCAAUUCAAUGUGAAAGAGAAUUCAGUAUUAGAAGAUGAAAUUUUAAAUCUGAAAGAGUUUGCAGAGCAGGAUCAGAGAACUAUUCAGAAGCUAAUGGAUGUUAGAGACAGAUUGUUAGCUGAACUUGAAGCUGAAAAAGUACUAGUUCAAGAAAUGCCGCCUCCCCGGGCGCGGGAGCUGUUUCCCCGGGAGCUGCUUUCCCGGGAGCCGUCUCCCCGGGAGCCCCCUCGACGUGAGCUGUUUCCCGGGGAGCUGCCUCCCCGGGAGCGGGAGCUGUUUCCCCGGGAGCUGCUUUCCCGGGAGCGGGAGCCGUCUCCCCGGGAGCCCCCUCGACGUGAGCUGCUUCCCGGGGAGCUGCCUCCCCGGGAGCGGGAGCUGUUUCCUCGGGAGCUGCUUUCCCGGGAGCGGGAGCCGCCUUCCCGGGAGCCGCCUUCCCGGGAGCCGCCUUCCCGGGAGCCGCCUUCCCUGGAGCCGUCUCGGCCUAAGCCGGCUCUUCGUGAACCUUCUCGGCGUGAGCAGCCCCUGGGUGAGCAGGCCCCGCCUGAGCUGCCCCCUCGUGAGCGGACCCCGCGGGAGCGGACCCCGCGGGAGCGGACCCCGCGGGAGCAGCGCCCACGAUCGGUGAGAUACACCCCAGAACCUGUUGUACUGACUGAACCAAAGAAAUCAAAAGAAGCCAUGGCCAAGGAAACAAGACAGGAAGACCUUAAAGCACGGGACCUAGAAAUUAAUUUAUUAAGGAAGAAUUUAGCCUAUGAGAAAAGGAAGCUUGAAAGAUUUAGAAAAGAAGCAGAUCAGAUAAACAGAAACUGGGAGAGGAAAUUUUAUGUCCUCAGGAACAGCUUUCAUGUCCUUAAAGAUGAGAUGUUUACUAGACACACACUGUUUCGUCAGUUUGCACUGCUCGCUGAUUCAUCCUUCAAUUAUCUUAUAGACAACAAGUUGCUGCAGGUUAUCAGUGACCCAGUGGUCUUCACAACUACACCAAGAGAGACUGGGGGCCUCCACACAACUCGCCUCCAACAGGCCAAGCGUCGGCGCCUCUCCAAAGCCACCGCGGCGCAACAGGUUGUUUGGAACUGGCGCUGCCCCACCAGGGAAGGAGUUGGUGUUAAGUUGCUGGGACCACGCAAGGGCCAAGACUCCCUGGGAAGCAAGGAUAGAGUCUCCAGAACCUGCAAGCCGGACCGGAGAGAAACCUGCGCCCAGCCACGGUGGCUGCUAGCGCUGGCGCCUCGGCCCCUAGACAAAACCAGCUCGCCACAACCUGCGCCCUGGGCCACGGAGCCCUUGGCAUGCGGCUGCUCCAGGGCUUCCCGACGGGCCAAGGGACGUAGUUGUCCACGGUCUCCUUAG